GGUGAGGGUGGUGAGGAUGCACGUGCUGAGUCGGCGUGCCGGUGGCGGCGGUGGCGGCAGGGUGAGGCGCGUCUCCCUGCAGAGCUCCGCGCCACGCAGCACCCCAAGCAGCUUCGUGCUGAGCACGCACGGUCAACUGAAGCUCUCCAUCGAUGUGGAGGAGACGUCGCUCAGCGUCCACGUCAUGGAAGCCAAGGGGCUGGUGGGAAAGGAGUUCCAGACCUGCAACUCAUACGUCAAGUUGGCGCUGGUGCCAGACCUGGAGCGGAAGCAGCGUUGCAGAACGAGGAUGGUGCCCGACUGCAAGGGCCCGGUCUUCCACGAGCACCUCGCCUUCGUUCUGCAGGCAGAAGAUGAAAACAAGAGGCUACUCAUUGGCGUGUGGAGCUUCGAUCGGCAAAGCCGGCACAGCGAGCUGCUGGGAUGCAUGAGCUUUGGCGUCCGUUCGCUGAUGAUGGCGGCCAAGGACGUGAGUGGCUGGUACUACUUGCUGGCCGAAGAGCUGGGCCGCACCAAGCACCUCAAGGUUGCCACGCGGCGCUCCAGGAACCACAGAGACAGGCUCGGGCAAAGUUCAUGGCCGGCAUCAGCGAACGUCUCUUCCUGUGGCCAGCACACGGUGAAGGUCAUGGUUUCGCGCGGAGCUGAGGGUUUUGGAUUCACGAUCCACGGCAAGGAUCCCGUGCGCGUUCAAAGCGUCGACUCAGGGAGCCCGGCCGAGAGUGCGGGCCUGCGGCCGCUGGACGCCAUUUUGGAGCUGAACGGGCGGCCCGUGUCCACGUGGAGCUGCGAGGAGCUCGCCUUCUCCAUCCAUUACUGCCCGCACAACGUGGUGUUGGGGGUGGAGCGGUGCCCUGGCUGGGGGCGGCCGGUCACCACGGACAACGCACUGCAGCCAUCCUCCCAGCAUGCACCUGGCUGCGACAGGACCUCCGGGGUUAGAGGUCGCCGGAGCCGAACGGCGGGAAAGGAGAACGAAGCUCCCGUGGGGAAAAGGGAGCCGGGCAAAGGCGUCAUACCAAAGGAAUACUUCCCGGCCUCAGGGCUGACCAGGGCCGUGGCGUCCACCACACAGCUUCAACGCAGAGCCGGCGCUGCGGAGAGGUCGCGGGAGGGGGCGGCCUCGUGCCCACGCUCUCCAUCCGCGUCAUCGUCGGCGUCGUCGUCAACGGCGGCGUCCUCAUCGUCGUCGUCGUGUUGCUGCUGCUCCAGAUCGGGGUGCUGCGCCUCCAGCGACGCUCGUGGUGGGGGGCCGCCCCCCCACGGUGUGCGUCGCCCACCGCAGGCCGCACGUCCCGUCAUGGAGAUAGGGGUCAAGACGGAUCGCCGCUAUUCCGUCGGAGGUCACGAGCCCGAGAAGAAGGCGCCCGGCGUCUGCGGAGACUCCUUCCCAGACAAGCGGCGGUGCCGGCUCCGACUCGGGGCCCACAUGGCCGAGUGGAAGAAGCCGUCGUCGUCGUCGUCGUCGUCGUCGUCGUCGUCCGACGAUGAUGUUGACGAGAUUGACACGCAACCUCUCGGCCACCGCCAACACCAUCAACGUCAUCGGCAUCAUCAGCGUCAUCGCCUCUCUGUGGACCACGGCCGAGGUUCUGCCGGUGCUGGAAAGGCCACAGAUGCUAAGAUCUCAGAUCUAUCGCUCCUUGCAGCUGAGCUGCAGGCAACAAUUGUGGGUCCUACAAAAAAGGUGAUGAGCUCUAGGAUGGAGGUGGAUCCCAGGGUGGAGGUGGGUGCCAGGGCGGAGGUCAGUCCCAAGAUAGAAGUUGGUCCCAGGAUGGAGGUGGGCUCCAGGACUGAGCUGGGCUCCAUGACGGAGCUGGGCUCCAUGACGGAGCUGGGCUCCAUGACGGAGGUGGGCUCCAGGACGGAGGUGGGCUCCAGGACGGAGGUGGGCUCCAGGGCGGAGGUGGGCUCCAGGGCGGAGGUGGGCUCCAGGGCGGAGGUGGGCUCCAGGGCGGAGGUGGGCUCCAGGGCAGAGGUGGGCUCCAGGGCGGAGGUGGGCUCCAGGGCGGAGGUGGGCUCCAGGGCGGAGGUGGCACUGCAACACGGCCGUGUCUCCAGCGCCACGGCCGCUUGGGACGUCGGGCCCGGCUCGGAGCUCCGUCGUGAGGGCCACCGUAACGAGCACGCAGCCAUCAAGGAGACGUGCAUGCUGGGACACAGGGAGGCCCCGGCAGAGGCCGCGACAGUGACAGUGACGGCGGCGGCGACGACGUGGCGUCGCGCGCGCAGCGAGGACGACCUCCUGGCGGCCACGGCGGCCGGGCGCCGCGGGGGCGCCACCCGGGAGGCGUGGCCUCGCGCCAGAGUGGGCGCCACAGCUGGCGCCGCCUCUACGGACGCGGGGCGAGAGGCGGCCGGGGGGCGGCACUUCCUGUCCAGAGGGAGGGCGUCAAUGGGAGGCGACGACCCGGCCGUCUACGCGCCCUUCCUCAACUUCCAAAAGGAGGCUCUGCUCCAGAACCGGGGCGCCAGUGCAGGGGACGGCGCUGUCAGCCAGGGGCUCGGCGCAGACCUCGCGUGUGAAGCCCCCAAGCACAAGCGGCGAGCCACGGACAUAGCCAGAGAUGUGAAAACUCGGCUGGGCUUUUUGCGUCGGAAACACGACGGGCAGUUAGCAGCGACGCCGACAGCUGGCCACGGGGAGACGUUCCUCGGCAGGCUCACUCGGGCCUCCAGGCCGAGUGCGGAGGAGGUGAUGAGCUGGAGCGAGUCUUUCGACAACGUCCUCUCUCACAAGCAUGGCGUGCGGCUGUUCCACGCCUUCCUGCGCAGCGAGUUCUCGGAGGAGAACCUCGAGUUCUGGCUGGCGUGCCGCGAGCACCAGCGGCUGGGAUCGGCGUCGCGCCGAUCGGCGCACGCCCGCAAGAUCUACGGCGAGUUCGUGGCCACGCAGGCCCCACGCGAGGUGAACCUGGACGCGAUGACGCGAGCAGCCGUGUCGGAGCGCCUGCGGGCAGCGCCGGCGUCGCCGGGCGCCUUCCGCUUGGCGCAGGCGCGGAUCCGCGGCCUCAUGGAGGGCGACUCGUACCCCCGCUUCCUGCGCUCCGCCGCCUACGCCCAGCUGAGCGCCACGGCCGCCCCCCGGCAUCCUCCGCCGGCGCCGACGCCGCCGUCCCGCCGCUGACCGGCUCUCGGCGGCGCCCCGAGCGCGAAUCGGUCGGGAGAUUUCAUUUUCCUCCAAGAUUGGGGUUUAUUUUAUUUAUUGCGUAUUUCCGUGUUGAAGCACGAGGGCGACAAUGUUCGUCGAUGACAUCGACAGGAUAGCACGGCGGCACCGCCGGCGGCCGAGCGGCGCCGCGGUCGCCGCUCGUCGCGAGGGUUUGUGGUUGGUGUGUGUCGGGCCGCCCCCUGGGUCAUGCUGCCACGCGCGGUAAUGGUGACGUAUCGCAGCGCGAUAAUAGUGAUGCAUCGCAGCGCGUUAACGUUGACGCAUCGCAGUGCGCCGUCGGCUCCACGGUGGAUGGCACCGUCCAGAAAUGGGUGAGGCCAUCGCGCGUGGGCAACGUCCCCGUGGUAAAUUUGACGAAUUUACACCGCACAGCGCUCACGUGGGGUGACAGAAGCAGCAUCAGCAGCAGUGGCAUCAGCUGCAUCAGCAGCAGCAGCAGCGUGAGCGUCAGCAUCAGCAGCAGCGUCGCUCACUCCCCGAGAACCCUCCGCAGGCCAUGUCCGUCACACAGCAGCGGCGCCUUCCUGGUGCGAUGAUCGCCAUACACCGUCGCGUCCACGCAUUCCGGAGCGGACACCUCGGGGGUUCCGUCUCGGCUGCGACAGCGGCGAUGAGCGGCCGUUACGGUCGCCCGGCAAAUGAUCAUCCCAGCGGGAUGCUUUGGGGACAGCUUCCGUCCAGCAGCGGAUCGAUCAUCCCUGACGACGAUGACGACAAUGAUGAUGAUGAUGACAAUCAUGACGAUAACGAAGACGACGAUAAUGAUGGUGAUGAUGAAGACGAUGACAAUUACAAACGAUGAUGACGACGACGACGCCACGCGAUCCUGCGAUGUGACACCUGCUCGCCAGCCGAAUUCCGUCGCUCCAUCUCCGCACCGGGCGCCCCUCUUGCACACACUCCCCACCAUCCCCUUGGCUGCCUGGCGGUGGGCGAGAUCAGAGCUGCACGCGGUCUCAUUUCCAACGAGAGUUUUAGCCGAAAGCUUUUAAUAUUUACGUUCUAUAUAUAUAUGUGCAUGGGGCUGUUCAGUCUUUUUAAUUGGAGUUCAUGUAAACGUGCUGACGGUGUAUUAACUGUCCAUCCCACUAAUCGCCUGCAGUGUAAUGACGCGUGCGCAAUCCAAAGAUGUAUACAAAUGCUCACGAGUGUAUUCACGCACGCAUUUAUAUUCGCAGCAAUAAU